AAAUUAUUUUAUUUUUGGUAAAGCUGAACAGUGAUCUUAAUUGUAUUGUAUUUAUUAGUUUGUGAAUAGUUAUAUUAGUAAAAAUGAGGCUCCAUCCAAUAUUAUUUGCCGGACCUCCAAAGAGUGGCGCGAGGAGCCCUCAGAGAGAGCCGGUUCCAUUCAAAAUGUUGUUGCCAUUGCAACUUAAGAAGACAGUUUCUGGCAAAGGAGACAAGCUCAAAGAAGCAGCUUGUAUGCAAGAAAUGGCUGUUAUGUUCGCUUGCUUCAAAAAAUCAGAUUUCGAUCAAACUGAAUGCUUAAAGGAGGUUGCUGCUUUCCAAGGAUGUUACAAAGAAUACAAUGAUAGGAUGACCACCCAGAGAGAACAAGGGAAGAAAGGUAUCCUCGUCCCGGGAGAGAAGAAACUGACGCAUAGACAACUAAACCAGUUACUGAAGAGCUUCCCUCCAAAAAAAUAGUUUGAAUCUAGUUGGUAUUUGUAAAUUAUAAUUAUUAUAGAAAUAAAUAGUUAAUGUUACAA